AACAUUUCAGUGAACUGCUUUACUAAGUGAAUUCCAUACAUUCCUGAGGCAUUAAUCUGUUAACAAAGUCACUCAUGUGUAUACAAAACAAUUAUUCCAUUCAAUACAAAGGUGAUUGAUUCGCCUGGGAGGUCACAUAGACAUGACUAAACUUGUAAAGAACACCAUUUCACACACACAUAACUCUCUUUUAGACAAGGCCAAAGUCUGCUUCAAUAUAGUAUUCAGUAAUAUAACAUACACAUUAGUCAAUGGAUUCAGCAACGGAUACCAGCACUGCAUGGAUUUAAGUUUAUUCACAASAUUCAAGUAUUUGUAACAAAUUUAAUUCAUACAAGCCAAGCAAAUUUGUAAACUGAUUGGGGGUUCAGCUUCCAUCUUUUGUCUUAUCAGCAAGUUCAUCUGUAUGAUACGUUUAUUGAGAUAUAAGCAGUUAUCACUGGUGCAAUCGAGAGAAAGCUAGCGAGGUGUUGUUCAAGUCUAAAGCCAUGUCUGCUAUAGGAUCUUGCACUGACAUCAACAACAACAAGAUAUCAAAUGGCAAGUAUUAUGUCCCGCCUGGUGAAAACGCUUGUCGUAACUGCAAAUGCGUGUUUGGUCAGCCAGGAGAGUGUUAUACAACAAAGUGUGCUGUACCAACAUGCAAAGACUACAAAGCUGUAGCUGGACAGUGUUGYCGCUUUACUUGUCCCAAAGAAAGCUCCAAUAGUACUCAACUAGCAGUCAUAAUCAGCUUAUCUCUUGGUCUGCUUGUACUCAUUAUUAUCUUAAUCGUUGUCAUAUCAAGAAAUAUUAAAAAGAAUCGUCGACGUCACAAUCAACAACAACAACAGCCACCAAUCAGAGAAGAACAUGGUGAGCCGAGAAGGAACAAUAACGUUACAGAUUCACCUUUAAAYAACCAAUUGCCUGCAAUACAAGAAGAACAGGAACAGCAAUUUGAACCACCACCUCCAUACACACCAGUACGAAAUGCCAAUAAGUACAAAACACGGCAUAAUAAUCAUGGUAAUGUUAUACCCAACGAACCACCRCCACCAUAUGAAAUACAGACUUCACUAAGAGCAACUACUGUAUAGCCAAGAGUGAAGCAUAUGAAUUAUAACAUUAUGGUAUACAGAAUGUAGUUUAACACAAAGGACAGCAAAACAAGUCCGAAGAAAUGGUUGUUGUGAGUUGAGCCAUGGAGGGACACACGUAUCUUGAUGCUCAUCAUGAUGGAGUGACAUUGAAGUGAAUAUAAAGGAAGAAAGUUUGAAAAAUGCUGAAAGUACAUUAUUACUGGCCGUACUGCAGGACAUUAACCAAAAAGGCCGCAAUUGAACAUAAAAACAGCRGUUUUAAAAGUACAUUGCUAGCUUUGCAAAAGCCAUUAAAUAUCAGUCAAUUAUUAUUGCCCUAGAGAGCAAACAAUAAAAAGUGUGAAAUAGAACUAACYAAAUGGUGCUAAACAUCACUAUACAGUUACAACAAAAUCAAGAAACAACAUUCAGAGUGUAGAAUUUAGCACUAUUUGAUUAGUGAACUAUUUCAUGGUUUUGGUGUUUGCACUCUAGUAAGAGUGAGGUAAAAAAAAACCAUAAACAAUACUAGUACAAUUUUGUUAGAAAACUAUUUCACAGGCGUAGUUUAUGCACAAUAAACAACAUGUACAUAUUGUAUUAUACAUAAUAGUCAAAAGUUGAAAAAAUCUAUUGAUGUUGUAAGGCCUGAACGCAAUUAUUACAAAAAUUUAUUAUUUAUGCUCAACAGUAGAGUGCAUGUCAAGAAAGUGUGAAGCAAGGCUUAACUAUCAACUAUUCUUAAAAUUCUAGUACAAGAAUAGCCCCAAAUCUAUUUGUAAAUUCAUUGUUUAUUCUAUUGUUUUCCAUCCUAGGAACGAGGCUAUUCCCACCUGUACUUGAGUGUUAAGAAUAGUCGAUUAAGUGCCUAUUAAAAUUAAAAUUUAGUUAUCAACUAGGUAAUGAGUAGAUGAGUAGUUGUUUCAUACUUUUCUGACAUCCUACCUUUUUGUGAUAAGGAAGGAAGCCUAACAAAAGGGCUGGCUGCAAAAGCGUAGGGAAUUUUUAAAAAUAGUUUGGUAGAGUUUUUUCUGAGUGCAUUUCAUUUUAAAGUACAACACACUAAAAGCAUGAAAAAGUGCAAAAUAAAAAGUUCUAAAUAGCAGAAUAUAAUAUUGAAUUGAACAAAAGAAUAGAAACAAAUUCACGUAAUUCAAUACUAUUUAGCACUAUUUAAUUAUAGUUUAUCAUGGUUUUAGUGUUUCUCACUGUAGUUGUUAGGAGUGAAAUGUUGCAGAAAAUGCUUAGUUGCACGUAGAGAUCUCUCAGUUUUCACCUGUCUUGUUACUUUGUCAUUCUUUUUUUAUGUAGUUUGAGGUUCAGGGAUCCAAUGUUAGAUCCACACUUUUUGAAAAUCGAGAACAAUGUUGAUACAAAUAAAUUAUAAUUUAAAUGAAACAAUUGCAAAGCUAUUGACUAGUA